AUGGCGCCGGCGCCGCUGCAGCACGUGACCGUCCUGGACCGGUGCGAGGUCCGGCCGUCGCCGCCGCCGGAGGCCGGGCAGCCGCGCGCGCUGCCGCUCACGUUCUUCGACCUCGUCUUCUGGGACUUCCCGCCCGUGCAGCGCGUCCUUUUCUACGGCAGCGCGGAGCGGGAACUCCUCGACGUCCCGGGCUUCCUCCGCCGCGAGCUGCCCCUCUUCAAGGCAUCCCUGGCCGCCGCGCUGCACCACUUCUACCCGCUGGCCGGGAGGCUCCCGUGCGAGCUGCCCGCCGAGCCCGAGCUCGCGUGCUCGGACGGCGACUCUGUUCGCCUCACGGUGGCGGUCGGCGGCGACGACUUCGGGGACCUCGCGGGCGACCAGCCUCGCGACACCGCGAGGCUCCGCGCGCUGCUGCCCCCGCUGCCGAGCCGCGGCGGGGGGUCUCGGGGAGUGUUCGCCGUGCAGGUCACCGUGUUCCCUCGCGCAGGUAUAUGCGUCGGCACCACGCUGCACCACGCCGUCGCCGACGGCUCCAGCUACGUGCACUUCGUCAGGACGUGGGCGGCCAUCCACCGCCGGCUCAUCGGCGCCGACAAGAAGGCGGUGGACGUCGUGCCGCCGCUGUUCGACCGGGGCGUCGUGCGCGACGACUCCGGUCUCCGGGAAGCGUUCGUCCGCGAGCUCGCGGAGGCCGGCGACGAGCGGUUGGAUGACUGGGACCUGAGCAGGCGGCCGGGAGGUGGCGGCGUCGUGCUCGCGACGUUCCGGUUCACGGAGCAGCUGCUAGGCCGGAUGGGGAAGCGCGUCGAGUCGGAGACCUCGGCGCGGCGGUGCUCGCCGUACGCGCUGGCGUGCGGCGCAGCGUGGGCCGGGAUCGUGCACGCGCGCGGUGGCAACGGCAGCAACUGCAAUGCUCGGCAUCAGUUCGGGUUCGUGACCGGGUGCAAGCCCCGCGCGAGCCCGCCGGUGCCGGGGAACUACUUCGGCAACUGCCUGGGCCUGUGCCGCGUGGAGGAGGAGGAUCACGACGGCAGGGGCCUCACUCCGUCGGGGGCGUCGGCGGCCAUCUGGCGGGCGAUCGAGGCGCUCGCGGAGCAGGGGCGGGCGCUGCGGGACGCACGCGGGUGGGUGCAGCUCGUGCGGGAGAGCGCGGCUGCGCGCGCGGUGACCGUGGCCGGGUCGCCGAAGCUUGGGAUUUACGCGGCAGCAGACAUGGGCGCGCCGUGGGGCCGGCCGCGGAAGGUGGAGAUCGUCUCGGUGGAACGGACGGGCGCGCUGGCCCUGGCAGAGAACCUCGACGGCCGCGGCGGCAUCGAGGUCGGGGUGGCGCUGCCGCGCGGGGAGAUGGAGGCGUUCCGCGCGUUCUACGCCGGCCUCCGGUGA